CAACAAGAUUUAGAUGCAAGUGGCUGUUCCACUGGUUGUCAUAAGGUGUAUGCACCAAUCUGUAAGUCGCUCUGGAUAAGAGCGUCUGCUAAAUGACUUAAAUGUAAAUGAUUAGCACCUGGUAUUACGGUAAUGUUCCAGUGUUCGCAGAGAUUACAUUCACGGUCGACGCAAUCAAAUGGCUUCUAACCCGUGAUUGGAUUGAAUCCCGGGCCUUAUUCAGUUUGGCACGAUGUUAAGCACACUGCAGAUAGAAAUGCAAGGUGUACACAACCCUCUACUCCACAUGAUGGAGAAACAUGUCCAUGACGUUUCCAUCUGCAGUGCUCUGCUGCAUCCUAUUACUACUGGACCAUGUCAGGUGUCAGGACCUUGUUCCAACUGGACUCACAAUGACCCAACUUUUAUCUGAACAGGGAUGAUCUCUGCAUUGUCUGUUGGGGCCCUCCAAGACCUAUACCAGGCAACAGACAGUGACUACUCCAGGGCCCUCCAAGACCUAUACCAGGCAACAGACAGUGACUACUCCAGGGCCCUCCAAGACCUAUACCAGGCAACAGGCAGUGACUACUCCAGGGCCCUCCAAGACCUAUACCAGGCAACAGACAGUGACUACUCCAGGGCCCUCCAAGACCUAUACCAGGCAACAGACAGUGACUACUCCAGGGCCCUCCAAGACCUAUACCAGGCAACAGACAGUGACUACUCCAGGGCCCUCCAAGACCUAUACCAGGCAACAGACAGUGACUACUCCAGGGCCCUCCAAGACCUAUACCAGGCAACAGGCAGUGACUACUCCAGGGCCCUCCAAGACCUAUACUUGACAACAGACAGUGACUACUCCAGGGCCCUCCAAGACCGAUACUUGGCAACAGACAGUGACUACUCCAGGGCCCUCCAAGACCUAUACUUGACAACAGACAGUGACUACUCCAGGGCCCUCCAAGACCUAUACCAGGCAACAGACAGUGACUACUCCAGGGCCCUCCAAGACAUAUACCAGGCAACAGACAGUGACAACUCCAAGGCCCUCCAAGACAUAUACCAGGCAACAGACAGUAACUACUCCAGGGCCCUCCAAGACAUAUACCAGGCAACAGACAGUGAUUACUCCAGGGCCCUCCAAGACAUAUACCAGGCAACAGACAGUAACUACUGAAGGGUUGUCUCACUCCAGUCCGGAAGAGCUGCUGGCUGUGCAGCCUUUCAAUCCAGCUCUGUUGUACACCAGAUUCAAGUAUUCACUAUUAUGGUCUCCUCUCAGAACCAUAUUUAUCUGAAACAGAUGCUGUGGUGGGUACUUAUAUUUAUUCUAUUUCACAUGUGUACAAGUGUGUUUUAUAAACGUGUGAAUUGGAAUGUUUUCUUUUUUGCAUAUCCCAACCCCCACUGAGACACCCUCUGAGAGUGGUGUUAAUAUAGGACUGAACCCUGGACCAGACCCUAGAGGACCAUGGAUUAAGUUCUGGAGAACCCUGGACCAGACCCUAGAGGAACCUGGACUAAGUCCUGGAGAACCCUGGACCGGACCCUAGAGGACCCUGGACUAAGUCCUGGAGAACCCUGGACCAGACCCUGGAUGGUACCCACCACCACUCUGACCCUGGAUGGUACCCACCACCACUCUGACCCUGGAUGGCAGACAAUAAGGGCCAAUCGGUGGAAGGCCAUAAAAAGGAUAGACGCACACAGACAGCCAACAACCCUGGACACAGACAGCCAACAACCCUGGACACAGACAGCCAACAACCCUGGACACAGACAGCCAACAACCCUGGACACAGACAGCAACCAACAGUUGUGGUGCAUUUAGGAGGACUGUGCUAUCCCAGACUUCUCCUUGAUGCUGUACACUUUAGCAGGAGGGGGUACACUCUGUGGGGUGGCCGCCCUCGUGCUCCUCAUCGUGUCCACGGCAACCGACUUCUGGAUGCAGUACCGCUACUCGGGAGCGUCGGCCAAUCAGGGCCUCUGGAGGUUUUGCAUCAAUCACAAGUGCCACGCCCACACCAUCACUGUGGCCUUCUGGGAUGCGACAAGGGCCUUCAUGCUGCUGUCUGUGCUGAGCUGCUUUGCUGGCGUAUUGCUGGGCCUGAGUGCCUUCGGCAACGGCACCAAGAGCAGGAGGGUUCGGACUGGGGGCUUCGCUCUGCUCCUGUCAGGUUUCCUAGCUCUGUUAGCUCUGGCCAUCUACACUGGCGUGACGGUCAACUUCUUUGGCAAGCGCUUCCUUGAUUGGCGCUUCUCCUGGUCCUACAUCGUAGCUUGGGUGGCCAUCAUCUUAUCUUUCGCUGCUGGUGGGUUUCACCUCUGUGCCUAUCAGAAGAACAUUGCCGAACCGCCUCCUACCAAUGUUCAAGAAAGCUAAAUGGGAAGUAAUCGUUUACCUGCGCACUAAAGAAACAGCUACCAACCACUCGUCUUUACUAUUGUCACUGAUGGCGAUGUGACAGCAGCUGUGGAAACAACAUGUCUGGCAAAGUCUGCUGAACAGAAUAAAUAGGACUCUUGGUCUCUAGUUCACUGCUUAGUCUUUUAAUCUGUUUUCUGGUGAAGCUAUGUACGGAAUGUUCUAAUUGUUUAAACAAAUGCUAAUUGACCACCUUCCAGGUCACUGAAUCACACCCUAAAGCAGGGUUAGGGUUGUGCUUCCACAUCCAUCCCUACUCACCUCUGGAUGGCACUUUAGUUGUGUAAAGGCAACAGAGUAGAGCGAUAGAGAGGGCCAAACCGCAACAGGAGCCUUAAAAAUACUGUAGGCUACAUUUGCAGGCCAGAAAAUAUCCCUACAUUAACAUAUGCAUGUAACUGGGCAGCAGGUAGACUAGCGGUUCAGAGCGUUCGGACAGUAGCCCGAAAGGUCACUGGUUUGAAUCCCCGAGCAGACUAGAUGAAAAAUCUGUCCCUUGAGCAAAUACACUUAAACCCUAAUUGCUCCUGUAAAUUAUCUGGAUAAGAGUGUUUGCUAAAUGACAGAAACAUUCUAAAUGUCACUUUUACAGGUACAGUGGCAAGAAAAUGUGAACCCUUCAGAAAUACCUGGAUUUCUGCAUAAAUUGGUCAUAAAAUUUGAUCUGGGGGUAGGGUAGCCUAGUGGUUAGAGCGUUGGACUAGUAAUCGGAAGGUUGCAAGUUCAAAUCCCCGAGCUGACAAGGUACGAAUCUGUCGUUCUGCCCCUGAACAGGCAGUUAACCCACUGUUCCUAGGCCGUCAUUGAAAAUAAGAAUUUGUUCUUAACUGACUUGCCUAGUUAAAUAAAGGUACAAUUAAAAAAAAAUAUAUAAUUUCAUCUAGGUCACAAUAUACAAACAGUCUGCUUAAACUAAACAAACAAUACGUUUUCAUGUCUUUAUUGAACACCCUUGGUAAACAUUCAGGGUGGGGAAAGUAUGUGAACCCUUGGAUUUAAUUAACUGGUUGACCCUCCUUUGGCAGCAAUAACCUCAACCAAACGUUUUCUGUAGUUGCGGAUCAGACCUGCACAACGGCCAGGAGGAAUUUUUGACCAUUCCUCUUUACAAAACUGUUUCAGUUCAGCAAUAUUAUUGGUGUCUGGUGUGAACUGCUCUCUUGAGAUCAUGUCACAGCAUCUCAAUUGGGUUGAGGUCAGGACUGACUGGGCCACAUUUUCUUCUGUUGAAGCCAUUCUGUUGAUUUACUUCUGUGUUUUGAGUCUUUGUCCUUUUGCGCUUCAAUUGGCAAAUAUUCUCCUGCAAAAUGUCUUGAUAAAAAUCCAAAUCCAAAUUGUCACAUACACAUGGUUAGCAGAUGUUAAUGGGAGUGUAGCGAAAUGCUUGUGCUUCUAGUUCCGACAAUGCAGUAAUAACCAACGAUUAAUCUAGCUAACAAUUCCAAAACUACUGUCUUAUACACAAGUGUAAAGGGAUAAAGAAUAUGUACAUAAAGAUACAUGAAUGAGUGAUGGUACAGAGCGGCAUAGGCAAGAUGCAGUAGAUGGUAUCGAGUACAGUAUAUACGUAUACAUAUGAGAAAUAAUGUAGGGUAUGUAAACAUUAAGUAGCAUUGUUUAAAGUGGCUAGUGAUAUAUGUUACAUCAAUUCCCAUUAUUAAAGUGGCUGGAGUUGGGUCAGUGUCAAUGACAGUGUGUUGGCAGCAGCCACUCAAUGUUAGUGGUGGCUGUCUGAUGGCCUUGAGAUAGAAGCUGUUUUUCAGUCUCUCAGUCCCAGCUUUGAUGCACCUGUACUGACCUCGCCUUCUGGAUGAUAGCGGGGUGAACAGGCAGUGGCUCGGGUGGUUGAUGUCCUUGAUGAUCUUUAUGGCCUUCCUGUAACAUCGGGUGGUGUAGAUGUCCUGGAGGGCAGGUAGUUUGCCCCCGGUGAUGCGUUGUGCAGACCUCACUACCCUCUGGAGAGCCUUACGGUUGAGGGCGGAGCAGUUGCCGUACCAGGCAGUGAUACAGCCCGACAGGAUGCUCUCGACAAGCCAAAUUUCUUCAGCCUCCUGAGGUUGAAGAGGCGCUGCUGCGCCUUCUUCACGAUGCUGUGUGGGUGGACCAAUUCAGUUUGUCUGUGUGUACGCCGAGGAACUUUAACUUGCUACCCUCUCCACUACUGUUCCAUCGAUGUGGAUAGGGGGGUGUUCCCUCUGCUGUUUCCUGAAGUCCAUAAAUCAUUCCUCUUUAGACUUGGGAACUUGAAGUCAUUGUCCUGUCAAUGAUAGCAAGCUGUCUAGGCCCUGAGGCAGCAAAGCAGUCCCAAACCAUGAUGCUCCCUCCACCAUACUUUACAGUUGGGAUGAUGUUGGUGUGCAGUGCCUCUCUCUCUCUGUGUUCCUUCCAAACAACUCAACUUUAGUUUAAUCUGUCCACAGAAUAUUUGGCCAUUAGCGCUAUAAAACAUCCAGGUGCACGUUUGCAAACUUCAGACGUGCAGCAAUGAGUUUUUUUGGACAGCAGAGGCUUCUUCCAUGAACACCAUUCUUAUUUAGUGUUUUACAUAUGGUAGACUCGUCAGAUGUUAGCAUGUUCCAGAAAUGUCUGUAGGUGACACUCUAGGAUUCUUCUUAACCUCAUUGAGCAUUCGGCGCUGUGCUCUUGCAGUCAUCUUUGCAGGACGGCCACUCCUAGGGAGAGUAGUAACGGUGCUGAACUUCCAUUUAAUUUGUCUUACUGUGGACUGAUGUACAUCAAGGCUUUUACAGAUACUUUUGUAACCCUUUCCAGCUUUAUGCAAGUCAACGAUUCUUAAUCUUGUGUCUUCUGAGAUCUCUUUUGUCCGAGGCAUGGUUUACAUCAGGCAAUGCUUCUUGUGAAUAGCAAACUCAAAUUGUGGGAGUUUUUUUUUUUUGAAUAGGGCAGGACUGCUCUAACCAACAUCUUCUCAUUGGACUUCAGGUUAGCUUUUGGAGAAGUCAUUAGCCUAGGGUUUCACAUACUUUUCCCAACAUACACUGAAUGUUUAAAUUAUGUAUUUAAUAUAGACAGAUUAAUUUGUGUGUUACUAGUUUAAGCACACUGUCGUGAAUUAAAUCAAAUUUGAAAUCCA